CCUUUCCUCUGUCCUUCGUAUACAUCCUCAUCCACUUCCCCCAACUACUUUCCCAGACGAACUUUACUACGUUAUCUCCAAAGCUUCUUCUCUAAGUUUGGGACACGCGUUGGACGAACAAAUAAAAUAAAUGUCCACGCGCUGUUUUUUUUUUUUUUUUUUUUGUGUGUUUAAAGCCGACUCCGCAUACAAAUCUCGACUAAGUUCCGAUCCCAAAGACUCUGCAUUCUGCAACGUAGAUUUGGUGAAUUACCCAGAGAAGAAAAUCAAAAGAUAACAUCAAGUUGGAAUUAGUUACGAGCUGAAGUAAGAUGGAUGGUGGAAGAGACAACAAAGAUGAUAAUGAAAAAGGGCUGUUUUCAAAUCUUGCUGGAUAUGCUGCUGGACACUACCCACAGCAUGGAGCCUACCCCCCACAAGGAUAUGGAUAUCCUCCACAAGCGCAUGGACCACCGGGUUACCCUCCUCAAGGUGGGUACCCUCCCUAUGGUGGGUACCCUCCUUCAGGCGGUUAUCCUCCUCCAGGUGGUUAUCCUCCUCCAGGCGGUUAUCCUCCUCCAGGUGGUUAUCCUCCCCCUGGGGGUUAUCCACCAUCUGCUUAUCCUGCCCCUGGUGGAUAUCCACCAGCCGGAUAUCCAGGUUCAUCAUCUCACCAUUCAGGGCAUGGACCUAAUAUGGGAGGGAUGCUAGCUGGAGGUGCUGCUGCUGCAGCUGUUGCUUACGGGGCUCACCAUCUUGUGCAUAGUGGAGGUCACCAUGGGUAUGGUUAUGGAGGUCACCAAGGGUAUGGUUAUGGAGGUCACCACGGCUAUGGACACGGGAAGUUCAAGCAUGGAAAAUUUAAGCACGGGAAAUUUGGCAAGCGCUUUGGAUUCGGGGGAAAGUUCAGGAAGUGGAAGUGAUCGAGAGUAAUAUUGAAGAUCCAAGUCCUCUGUAUUUGAUGUUGUUGAUAUUUUAACUGGCCUUUUAAUAAUUACUUGAGACUGGAUUCUUUGAAUUUUUUUUUUACCUCUGUAUUUCAUAUGUCAGUUUGCUUCUUUUGGUUCCUAUGAUGUAUAUAUUAUCUCUAUUCUAUAAAUCUUUGUAAUGAGCAACUUGAUGGAUUUUCCAUUUUCUUUUUA